AUGCUGCCCGCCUACGAUGGCAACUCGCCGUGGCCGGACUAUGAGCGCAUAGUGGACACGUUGGCCGAAUUUUAUGGCUGGACUGAUGAGGAGAGGCGGAUCGGCGUCGCGUUGAACCUCAAAGGACGCGCACUAAAGGUAUACAACACCUUGCCCGGCUGGCCAGACCCACCCUAUGACACACUUUGCACAGCCAUGCGAAGAUGGUUCACGCCCAGUCAGGAGUCAUACCUUCAACAAUUUUAUGGUCGGCGGCAGAACCUGCGCGAGACUCUGGAGGAUUUUGCGCUGGAUCUGGAGCACUUGGCGCAAAGAGCGUUCGGCAGCGUACCUGAAGCGCUGCUUAAUUUGACACUCGUGCGACAGUUCGUAGAAGGAGUUCGUGAGUCGGCUUUGCAACGCACCUUGGCCGCGCAAGGGCCCCGCGACCUGGCGGAAGCCCUCGGAAUAGCUAAUCGGGUGUACACUCAAUGCAUCCAUAAGACAAGUAAGCCCAUAUUCCAGGUCGAGCAAAGUAGGCCACCAGUGUUGAUACCAGCACGAAAGAGACGUCCUCGGAAAGGUAAACGUGAGGCUGCCCAACCGCAUCGAGGAAACUCGGCGGGAAAUCCGCCGCAAGUUGAUGUAAAACCUAUCAUCGUCGAUGCUUCCGUUCCGGUAGUAGGCACUCCCCUAGCACCUGUGUCAGACAGCAUCCAGGAGAAGGAAAGCGUAUUAGCUGCGCUUUUCCGAGAAGCCCACGAGGUCAACAAUAAGGCAGCUGGCGAGACGGAAGCUUCCAGUCAGACCGUCGAGUAUCAGGCACCAGCUUCCGUGGCUACGACAAGCGACAUACCAAAAGGCGAGCCGUACCUUACAUCGCCAGUUUGUCUGCCACAAAGCUGUGACGCAUCUGUGCGAAUCACCUGUGCCGCAGUCGAACCUCAAGGGAGCGUGAUUAUAGAGCCGGCUGCCCAGUCUGAGCUGCCGCCUGGCGUUAUGGUUGGCCGCACGCUUGUGGAUACGACUAAGGGAGAUAUGACAUUGCGAUUGCUGAAUUUGACUGCACAGGAGCAAGUACUUCCGGCUUUUGCUGCGCUGGGCCGCCUGGAGCCAGCAAGUGUGCUGCACGACGAUCCGCGGCCCGCGAACAUGACCACUAUAAAAAGCAAUCAUAUCUUUUUCUGGACAACAGUAUGUACUCUAAUUAUAUGCAUGAUACUCAUUGCAAUGUAUUCUGGAUUUGAGCAUGAAACAAAAAAAUUUAAAACAUUACUGGUGACGGUGGUACUUGUACUACUUUUCCAGUAUCUAAUUGGUGAUCCAAUUAAAUUCGCAUUGCUUGCUAUUGACUCAGCUUGUUGGCCCCCACAACAACGAAAGUUUGCCACUGACCGAGAAGCAACGCAUCACAGUCGAAUGGACUACCUAAAGUUAAGACUAAGCAGCCUACGAUCUCAGUUGCUGCUUACAGAAGAACAUCGCAAUGAAAAGCUUAAUGAGAAGUAUAAACACAUAGCACAGGAUCUUUGGCUCUAUGGCAAGUACUUUUUCUUUCUUAUGUGUGUUGUGCUAGUGACACGCGACGCUACCAUGUACCAUAACACACACAACAUUGAACGACUUUUUUAUGCAAAUCACACCGAUUACUAUGGCUUGCAAGAAGUUUACCAUAUCAACCAGUUAUUUGAUUUUAUAGAAUCGUCUCUGAUCAAUGCUUUUAACCCAAACACUAGCGAGACAGGCAUCUCUGGUUGGGUUCAUGGUGAACAGACAAAAAUGCUCGGUGUUGUGCGAUUACGGCAGCUACGCUUAACCAUGGAAAAUUAUGGGCUGGACGAACCAGAAUUCUCUGAACGGGAUUACAUGCCUGAAUGGCAAUUACCUCAUCGACGCUUGCAUUAUACUGAUAAGUAUUGGCGGAUUUACGAACCAUGGCUUCCAAUAUCAUCGUCAUAUGACUUUAUAGAUAACCUGUUAUUAAACUUUAACCACAAAGGGCAUUUUCAGAGCUAUCCUGAACUAAAGGGAUAUGUAGCGUUACUAGCACGAAGCCGGCAGAAUAGCAUGAAAGUUUUGGAGUAUCUCACCGAGUACAAAUGGUUGACAUACAAUACUUCGGCUGUAUUUAUGGACUUUACUCUUUACAACGUUGAUGUUAACAUCUUUAGUGUGUGCACAUUACGAGUAGAACAAACUCCAUUUGGUGGUAUUAUACCUCACGUUGAUGUAGAUAGUGUAAAAUUGCUGGAAAAUCUGGAUCAGCUUACUCACUAUGGGCUGCUUACAUUAUUAUGUUAUGUAAUUGUCGUCAUACAGUUUUCUAAGGCACUUGUUUUGAAACUUUGGUAUGAACCAGCUGAGUUGCGUAGCAUGUGGAACAAACUUGAUUUGGUAAUUUUUAUACUCAAUAUUGCUGUGGUGACUUUGAUUAUUAUUCGGGAAUGGCUGGUUUCAUCCAUGUUAAAAAAAGUCGAAGGCGCUAGUAAAAUGGAAUUCAUUGAUUUUAGACGACCAACGCGUUUGCACAUGUUUAUCACAUGGGUUGUUGGCUUUCUGAUCUGCAUUACAACUUUGCGCCUAUGGAAGGUACUACAGUUUGCCAGUGUGUUUCAGUUAUUUACGCACACUCUUUACUUGGCUUGGAAGGCAGUUGCCAGCACUGCAGUUGUUAUUGGUAUAUUUCUUAUGGCAUUUGGAAUUGCUGUUGUAACAAUUAACGGAAAUAAUAGCUCAAAUUUUAAUCGGCUUGUCAAGAGUAUUGUUACAUGUAUGUGCUUUUCAUUUGGUUUCAGUUCACAAGUAACACCAGAGGAUCUUUUUCACGGUGGAGAAUUUUUGGGUAUAUUGCUUUAUGCUAUCCUGGCAUUUGUAAUUGCAGUAUUACUUAUCAAUGUAUUCGUCUCACUUAUCAAUGACUACUUCACUACGGCGAAAGCGCAACGAGAUGCGCGGUCCGUACGUCGUAUAAACUUUAUACAAUUUCUGCGAGUGGAAUAUGCUAACUUUUUUCGAUUUUUUCACAAGUUACGGUUCUUUCGUAAAAGUUACCAUCGCAACAAUCGCACGGUUUCAGAAAAUAUCAAACAUGAUUUAGAUGAGCGCGAAAGUCAUAAACAAAAACAAAGAAAACUAGAGGCGUUUGCCUCCAAAAAGCAUGUAACAAAAGUGGAUGAAAGUUUAGCACAAGAGGAAUAUAGACAUCGUCUUGAACGCUUGUACACUAUUGCAGCUAUAAUGCAAACCCAAAUUGAAAUACUCGAACGUAUUCUCUUUACCGACAAAGAAGGAAAUCUGACGAGAGACGACGAAGGAAAAGCAGGCGAACGACAGAGAGAUUAUCGCAUGAGCUAAGCUUUUUACUCGAAAGCAAAAAUUUAAUAUUUAAUCACGUAAAUUUAUUUAUAUUUUAAAUGUUUGAAAUAAUGUGAUGUUUUGCUGAGAUAAAUUGUCUGUGCGAAUAUGCAGUAAAAAAUAAAUUUAAAACAAUUGUGUUCUCGA